GCGGAACCCUUUCGUGCACGAGCUGCGACUCAGCGCCCUGCAGAAGGCCCAGGUGGCCGUCAUGACGCUGACACUCUUCCCCAUCCGGCUGCUGCUCGCCGCCGUCAUGAUGCUGCUUGCCUGGCCCCUGGCGCUUGUGGCCUCGCUGGGAUCCGCUGAGCAGGAACCAGAGCAACCCCUGGCCUUGUGGCGGAGGGUCGUGGACGUCCUGCUCAAGGCCAUCAUGCGCACCAUGUGGUUUGCCGGCGGCUUCCACCGCGUGGCCGUGAAGGGGCGGCAGGCGCUGCCCGCCGAGGCCGCCAUCCUCACCCUGGCACCGCACUCCUCCUACUUCGAUGCCAUCCCCGUCACCAUGACGAUGUCCUCCAUCGUGAUGAAGGCGGAGAGCAGGGACAUCCCGAUAUGGGGAACUCUGAUAAAGUACAUCCGGCCAGUGUUCGUGUCCCGGAUGGACCAGGAUUCUCGCAGGAAGACGGUGGAAGUGAUCAGGAGGCGGGCGCAGUCCAGCGGGAAGUGGCCGCAGAUAAUGAUUUUCCCAGAAGGCACUUGUACCAACAGGACCUGCCUAAUUACCUUCAAGCCUGGUGCGUUUAUCCCAGGAGUUCCCGUCCAGCCGGUGGUUUUGCGGUACCCAAACAAACUGGACACCAUCACCUGGACGUGGCAAGGCCCCGGAGCGUUGAAAAUCCUGUGGCUCACGUUGUGUCAGUUUCACAAUCAAGUGGAAAUUGAGUUCCUUCCCGUGUACACCCCCUCGGAGGACGAGAAGCAGGACCCCACUCUGUACGCCAGCAACGUGCGGCGCGUGAUGGCAGAGGCCCUGGGCGUCUCCGUAACUGACUACACGUUUGAGGACUGCCAGCUGGCCCUGGCGGAAGGCCAGCUUCGUCUCCCCGCGGACACGUGCCUCCUAGAGUUUGCCAGACUGGUGAGGGGCCUGGGGCUAAAACCAGAAAAACUCGAACGCGAUCUGGACAGACAUGCAGAAAGCGCCAGGCUGAAGCAGGGCGGGAGCUUGACUCUGCCCAAGUUCGCGGCGCAGCUGGAGGUCCCCGAGUCCCAGGCGCUGGAGGACCUGUUUGCUCUGUUUGAUGAGAGAGGCGGCGGGGAGAUGGACAUGCGGGAGUAUGUGGUCGCCUUGUCCGUCGUCUGCCGGCCGUCGCAGACCCUGGACACCAUCCAGCUGGCGUUCAAGAUGUACGGGUCGCAGGAGGAUGGCAGCAUAGACGAGCACGCCCUGGCCGGCAUCCUCAAGACCGCGCUGGGAGUGGCUGAACUGGCCGUGACCGACCUCUUCCGGGCGAUCGACCAAGAAGCGAAGGGCAGGAUCACGUUCGCCGACUUCGAGAGGUUUGCCGAAGCGUACCCCGACUUCGCGGAGGAAUACCUAUACCCCGAGCAGACGCACUCCCAGAGCUGCGCACAGACGCCCCCGGCUCCCACCCCCAACGGCUUCUGCGCCGACUUCAGCCCCGAAAACUCGGCCGCUGGGACGGAGCCUUUUCAUAAGAAGCUGGACUAGGACGUAAGGUUCCGGAGAGACGAGGCCUCUCCGCAGCCG